CCGCGCUUGCGCUCAGGAGCAGUGGCGGCGGCGUGGGCGGAGAGGCGGCUUCAGAGGCUAAAGGUCCUCAGAGCGAGUAGCGGCGGUGGCAGCAGCAGCAGCAGCAGCAGCAGGAGAAGCAGCGGCCGCGGGAGCCUUCGCUUUGUCGCCAAGAUGCCGGCUGUGUCGAAGGGGGACGGGAUGCGCGGACUGGCCGUCUUCAUCUCCGACAUCAGGAACUGUAAAAGCAAAGAAGCUGAGAUAAAAAGAAUAAACAAAGAAUUGGCAAACAUUCGGUCAAAGUUUAAAGGUGAUAAAGCCCUUGAUGGCUACAGUAAGAAAAAGUACGUCUGCAAGCUGCUUUUCAUCUUCCUCCUGGGGCAUGAUAUUGAUUUUGGCCACAUGGAGGCUGUGAAUCUCCUGAGUUCGAACAAAUACACAGAGAAGCAAAUAGGCUAUCUGUUCAUCUCCGUGCUUGUGAAUUCAAACAGCGAGCUGAUCCGCCUGAUCAAUAACGCAAUCAAGAACGACUUGGCCAGCCGCAACCCCACUUUCAUGGGACUCGCUCUGCACUGCAUCGCCAAUGUGGGCAGCAGAGAGAUGGCGGAAGCAUUUGCUGGAGAAAUUCCAAAAAUACUUGUAGCUGGAGACACCAUGGACAGUGUGAAGCAGAGUGCAGCUCUGUGCUUGCUAAGAUUAUACAGGACUUCUCCUGACCUGGUUCCUAUGGGAGACUGGACCUCCAGAGUUGUGCACCUUCUCAACGACCAACAUCUGGGUGUGGUUACUGCUGCUACAAGUUUGAUCACCACUCUGGCACAAAAGAAUCCAGAUGAAUUUAAAACCUCCGUGUCUCUGGCUGUCUCCAGACUCAGCAGGAUUGUGACGUCUGCAUCGACUGAUCUCCAGGAUUAUACCUAUUACUUUGUCCCAGCGCCGUGGUUAUCUGUGAAGCUUCUAAGGCUGCUGCAGUGCUACCCACCCCCAGAAGAUCCUUCAGCAAGAGGUCGUCUCACCGAGUGUCUGGAAACUAUUCUUAACAAAGCUCAAGAACCUCCAAAAUCCAAGAAAGUACAGCAUUCAAAUGCGAAGAAUGCAGUGCUAUUUGAGGCAAUUAGUUUAAUUAUCCACCAUGAUAGUGAGCCAAACCUGCUUGUCCGUGCCUGUAAUCAGUUAGGCCAGUUCUUGCAGCACCGGGAAACUAAUCUUCGGUACCUAGCACUGGAAAGCAUGUGCACGCUUGCAAGCUCUGAGUUUUCACACGAGGCCGUGAAAACGCACAUAGAAACAGUUAUCAAUGCACUGAAGACAGAGAGGGAUGUAAGUGUGCGACAAAGAGCGGUGGACCUCCUGUAUGCCAUGUGUGACAGAAGCAACGCCCAGCAAAUUGUAGCUGAAAUGCUGAAUUACCUGGAAACUGCUGAUUAUUCUAUUAGAGAAGAAAUUGUGCUGAAGGUUGCGAUUUUAGCUGAGAAAUAUGCAGUGGACUACACUUGGUAUGUGGACACCAUCUUGAAUUUGAUUCGAAUCGCUGGAGACUAUGUCAGUGAAGAGGUGUGGUACAGAGUCAUCCAGAUUGUAAUUAACAGAGAUGAUGUGCAAGGGUAUGCAGCAAAGACAGUCUUUGAGGCGCUUCAAGCACCGGCUUGCCAUGAGAACCUGGUAAAAGUAGGUGGCUACAUCUUGGGAGAGUUUGGAAACCUGAUUGCUGGGGAUCCAAGAUCUAGCCCUUUGAUCCAGUUCAACCUGCUGCACUCAAAGUUCCACCUAUGCAGUGUUCCAACCAGAGCGCUGCUUCUGUCUACGUACAUAAAAUUUGUGAAUUUAUUUCCUGAGAUAAAAACAACUAUUCAGGAUGUGCUGCGCAGUGAUAGCCAACUGAAAAAUGCUGAUGUUGAGCUGCAGCAAAGAGCCGUUGAGUACUUGAGACUCAGUACAAUUGCAAGUACUGACAUCUUGGCAACGGUGCUGGAAGAAAUGCCCCCAUUUCCAGAGAGGGAGUCCUCCAUUCUGGCUAAGCUCAAGAAGAAAAAGGGCCCCAACACAGUUACUGACUUGGAAGAGACAAAGAAAGAGAGGAACUCUGAUGUGAAUGGGAGCACAGAAGCUACUCUUGUAAAUGCCAGCACUGUGUCUACUCCAUCUCCUUCAGCAGACCUUUUAGGACUUGGCACAGCCCCCACGACAAACUCUGUUCCAGCCCCAGCAUCUAGUGGCAGUUUGUUGGUAGAUGUGUUUUCGGACACCUCUGCGGCUCCCGCAUCUCUAGCUCCAGGUUCUGAAGAUAACUUUGCAAGUCCUGACCUAUCUUCAAAUGAGCAGGUGGUUUCUGAGGAACCAGCUGAUGCUGUGCAUGAUGCUGAUGAGCUUUUUCACACGUUUGUUUGCAAAAAUAAUGGAGUCUUAUUUGAGAAUCAGUUGCUACAGAUUGGUUUGAAAUCUGAAUUUCGGCAGAACCUGGGUCGGAUGUUCAUAUUUUAUGGGAACAAGACUUCAACACAAUUUUUGAAUUUUACUCCAGCGCUAAUCUGUUCAGAUGAACUCCAGGCUAGCCUGAAUCUGCAGACGAAACCAGUUGAUCCCACUGUGGAGGGAGGUGCUCAGGUGCAGCAGAUAGUAAAUAUUGAGUGCAUAUCAGACUUCAUGGAAGCACCAGCCCUAAAUAUUCAGUUCAGAUAUGGAGGAACGUUGCAAAACAUUUCUGUGAAGCUUCCCAUCACAUUGAACAAAUUUUUCCAGCCUACAGAAAUGGCCGCUCAAGACUUCUUCCAGAGGUGGAAGCAGCUAAGCAGCCCUCAACAGGAAGUGCAGAACAUCUUUAAAGCAAACCAUCCAAUGGAUACCGAAAUUACAAAGGCAAAGAUUAUUGGCUUUGGCACAGCUUUACUGGAAGAAGUAGAUCCCAAUCCUGCUAACUUUGUCGGAGCCGGUAUAAUCCACACAAAAUCAUUCCAGAUUGGAUGUUUGAUGCGUCUUGAACCCAACCUGCAGGCACAGAUGUACAGAUUAACACUACGGACAAGUAAAGAAACGGUGUCCCGAAGGUUAUGUGAAUUACUUUCGGAACAGUUCUGAGCCAUAAUGUGCAACCCCUUCUGAUUCUCCAUUUCUGCCAUUGUCCAUGUCCUGCUCCAAAAAUGUUUUGUACACCAGUGUCUGCAAAAAUAAUUGCCACCCCAUUCACAUCCCUGCCUUAAAGGACCUGUCCCUUUUUAUGUGAAACAAAUGAUAUGUGCAACAUAAAAUUACUUAAAUGUGAAAAUAAAAUAAAAUGACUCUUAGAUUUUUGGUGCAAAGAAGCUGGGAGGUCUUGUAUGUGUGUGGGAGGUCUUGUGUGUCUCAACUCAACUGUGCUUCAUAUAUUUUUGGCAGGAGUUGUUUUAUUAAAAUUCACUUCAGGUAUGGUUAAUCCCAACUAAAUGAAACAGUUUUGCUGGAAAUGCCACUGUAAAUUGCUAGAGGCAUGCUAGAAGAAGAAAAAAAAGGUAUGAAAGAGAAAUUGGUGUGCAGAGAGGGCUAGAUUCCAUUCCUGCUCCAUUGAAUGUUACCCCGUGUCCUUUUUAAAGGAUCUAGAUACAUCUGAAGAUGGCUAUAACUAUUUGCUUUGUAAAGAACAUUUGGAGGCAUAAGCACAUAUUCUGAUUCAUAUUUUAAUAUCCUCAAAUGACUUCCUUUAAAUCCCAGCCCUCCACUUUUCUCCAAGUUCUGAACUACCAAAGAGUUAUUGUCAUGAUAAAUGCUUAAGUAAGAAAACCACAUUGGGUUCUUGGGUACAACAUGUUGUUGUUGUUUUUUCCAAAGCUCUGGUUGAUCAUCUAAACAUCAGUACACUUUGACUUUAAAUUAAGAAAUCACUUGAAGUAUUCUUUUACCUAAGACUUUCCAAGGGACCCAAGGCCCUGACCCCCCUCCCCCCGCACUUUCCUGUUUAACAAAAAAAAGAAAGAAAGAUUUUUUUCCCCAUUUAACAUCUUCUGAAUCAUAGUGAUAGCCACUAGCUCUGAUCAGGGAGAGUUUAGCCUAUUCAGAUUUGAAAUACACUGUGGGUUCUGCAAGUAUGAUGGGUAGGAAGCUGAUUGCUUUGAAAUGCUUGUCAUGUCACCAGAACACUUUUGGUCUAGAACUUGACAGUCCUGUUUUCAAAAAGUGUAGUAAUGGCACCUGUAGUUUGGUAAGAUCUAUGCAUUUGUGGAACAUGCUAUGGAACUGGCAUCUUCUUUGACAGAAGUAGAAUGAUCGUUAAACUGACUACCGUUACACACCUCUGAAGAGCUCCUUAAGAAGUAAUUUAUGACUGCAAUUAUAUACGAAGGCAAUGCAAAAAUUAAAAAAGUAAAAUAAGCUACAAUGUUGUUUGAUUACAAGUGACAGUUGCUGCUUGAGUUAUGAGGCAUUUUAACAAACAACAACGUGGCUUAUUCUGUCCCAGUGUCUGGAAUUAACUUAUAAAAACUGAAAAUCCACUUUCCUUCUUAAUGUGGCUAUUGGAUCAGAAUCAUAUUGACCAACUUCUCCAAUCAAAUUUGAUGAGUUAUAUUGAAGCACAUUGUAUGGAACUACCUGGUGUGUAACCUGGUAAAAUAAUAAAACAAUAACUCUUACAUUCUCCUAUCACUGGGGAAAUUUUUAGGAGUUGUCAUUAUGACAGGCCCAUUGCAUUACUGUGAUUACACUACUGUAAAUGAUAUUAAGCAUUCAGAGGUGUUCUGAAGUGUGUCUUAUCGCAGAUGCUGGGAAGAACGGCCAUCUCAUUUUUAACAUAGAUCCGUCCCACUGGAAGCAUAGUUUGUCUCCUUUUUAAUUCCACCUUAAUACACUGUUUUUGUGUACUGUUCACUUGUGUAAUUUUUGCAAAUAAAUGUGGUUUUAUCCACAAAGGGUGAUAUUUAACUAAAUUAUACUCAGGGUAGGCCAUGUGAAAUUAAUGGACUUCACUUAGAUAAGUCCAUUUACUUCAGUGGAUUUUCUCAGAGUAUGACUAACAUUGGAUAUCAUUCAUAGAGAAAAAGGACUCUAAAUAUAGGUGGCUCAAUGACCAACUGUAUAUAUGAGUAAUCAAAAUUUAUGCAAGACUUCACCUCUGAUAUGAGCCAUAUAGGCAUUGUUUUGAAGAAAACUUUUUUUUAAAAAAAAGUUUCUCUUUAUUGGGAUAAAUGACCUUGAUUUACCAAAGUUGUGUGUCCUUCUCCAUCUCAAGCAGAAGUUAACAGUUUCUGUGGCUAAAGCAGUAUUAGUAAUUAAGGUACAGUAUUUGUUUUGUUGACAUGUGAAAAUACCUGAACAGGAAGACAAAAUAUUGUGCACUUUUAGGCCUACACUCCAAUAUGUAAUGUGUAGUCAUCUCACUUGUAAAAAAAAAUAAAAAUCACAAGCUUA